CUGAGCCGAGCCGAGCCGAGCCGAGCCUGCCCCGCCGGACGCGGCCCGGCAGCCGAGCAGGAGGCGGUGAGGGGCCGGGGCCAUGGCCGAGACCGGCUCUCUGCACGCCACCAGGUUCGAGGCGGCCGUGAAGGUGAUCCAGAGCCUGCCCAAAAAUGGUUCAUUCCAGCCAACGAAUGAAAUGAUGCUCAAGUUCUAUAGCUUUUAUAAGCAAGCAACCCAAGGACCCUGUAACAUUCCUCGACCUGGAUUUUGGGAUCCAAUUGGUAGAUACAAAUGGGAUGCUUGGAGUGCCUUGGGAAACAUGUCCAAAGAAGAAGCCAUGAUAGCCUAUGUUGAUGAAAUGAAAAAGAUUCUUGAGAGUAUGCCAAUGACGGACAAAGUUGAAGAGUUACUCCAAGUAAUAGGCCCGUUCUAUGAGAUAGUGGAAGAUAAAAAGAACAGAGGAUCUGACCUAACAUCAGUUCGAAUGGAGAAAGUCUCUAAGUAUUUGGAAGACCUUAGUAAUGUUAUGAAUUCCACUCCAGCUAUAAAAGCUGUAAAUGGAAAAGCUGAAAGCAGUGAUAGUGGAGCAGAAUCAGAAGAAGAAGGGCUUCGUGAAGAGGAAGAAAAAGAAGUGCAGAUAAAUGGAAAAGAUUAUAAGAAUGUGAAACCCGAAUCAGCAGCUGCUAAGGAUUUGGAAGGCAUUGUUAGCAAUGGCUGUUACAAGGACAGCUUUAUCCCAGAUAUGCAGAAUGGCAUCCAGACCAAAUCUGCCUUGAAUGGCUUGAGCCCAGAGGAAGAAACAAAUAAAAUGGAGCCAAGCCUAGAAAUAGCUCAGAAUGCUGCUCACCAAGGUGCAGGUGAAGAGAAUACUGAAGAGAUCUCAGCAGCUCAGCACUUAACCAGUGAUUCAGACAGUGAAGUUUAUUGUGACUCUAUGGAGCAGCUUGGACUAGAAGAGCCCUUGGAGAUCAUCACAUCAGCUAAAGGAUCUUUAAAGCAUUCAUCCCAUUUCUUGGAUGUAGAUCACAGUCCUCUGUUAGAAAAUACGGAUUUUUCAAGGCACACUUGCACGACUUAUGGGAAUCUUCAACCUGGAAAUACUGGAGAGGGAGUAGCUGAAGAACAAGGUGAAGUCAAAUGUGGAGGAGAAGAUGGCAAAGCCAGUAAUGGGGGUCCUCACAAGGAGAAAAAAGGUGGAGAAAAAGCAGAUUUCUACAGUGUCAGAAGAGGGAGAGCAGGGCACAGGCUCCAGCCUUUGGGAGACGGUUCCCAGGGCGGGCAGAUGGGCGGCGGAGGGGACGGCGAGCGCUGGGGCUCCGACAGAGGCCCCCAGGGCAGCCUCAAUGAGCAGAUUGCAGUGGUGCUGAUGCGGCUGCAGGAGGACAUGCAGAAUGUCCUGCAGAGGCUGCAUAUGCUGGAGGCUGUUGCAGCAUCACAGGCAAAAUCUGCAACAAUACAGUCAAAUUACCAGCCUGCCUCCUCUGUCAAGAAACCAUCAUGGUGGCCCUUUGAAAUUUCUCCUGGUGUUCUAGCUUUUGCUAUUGUUUGGCCAUUUAUUGCCCAGUGGUUGGUCCAUGUGUAUCACCAAAGAAAGAGAAGAAAACUGAACUGAGAAUUUAUGACUAUGUUUAAGGACUUCUAGGAGAAGAUGGCUUGAAAAGCAAAGGAAGUCUGAAUUCUCAUAGAAUCUCAGAAUUUGGGAUCAUCUUCCUUAUGUUACAGUAAUAUUUUCUACUACCUUUGAGCUAAAUGUUUAAGGACUAAUAUUAUUGAAACUUGAAUGAUUCACAGCUCCUAGGUAACAAAUAAAUUGAAUUAUUCCAUCCUCAACACCAUAUGAACAGUAAUUAUUUUGGAAUGUGCUUGUGGAUGGGCCUUCAGUAAUUACUGGCCUGCUGAUGUCAGUUGAUGAAGAGAAUAACAUCUCUGUAAAAGAAUAAAUGAAAAAUAUGUAAAACUGUCACUUUAACAUUGAAAUAAUUUUACAAUCUCAAGAUCCCUGCCUGUUUUUCCACAGCAUUAGGUAUUACCAGGUGAAAGCUCUAAAAGAGUAUAAAUUCAAUACAUUGUAAGCUGUUGGAAAAAUACAAUAUAGCUCUGAGGAAUUCAACUUGUUAUUUUUGCUGCUAAACUGGUGUGGAGCAAUUUCCAUAUAAAUUGGUCAGAAAUGAAGUUGAAUCCUUCACUUAUUCUGUAAAAUUGUAAAGAAGAUUUUGGAAUUUGUAUAUAUCCUGAAAGUUAGAGCCAUUAAUAACAGGGGGACUGUCAAAUACGAGUUUGGAAACAGCAUGUGGUACAAGGGAUCCAUGUAAAGAGGCUGCACCUUAUCUUUUUAACUUUCCUGACUCUAUUGUUGUUGACAACAGCUUAUUUUAACUGAAAUGCAUAGUUUAGGCACAAGGUGCUUUAAAAUGAGAUGAAAACUAGCUCAGUAAGUCUAGCUUUAAGCUUUUAAAAAGCUCAGUGCACUGUAAGUUUUCUGUU